AUGGUGAAAGAGAUGUGUGUCACAUCAGCACGUGGUGUUGAGAUUCCGCCAAUCGUUUUUCAAGCGCCAACAAUGGCGCAGAAGUGGCCGUCAUUUUCCUAUCAGACGAUGCCGCCGAUGAUGCCGAUGUCAGCCUCGCAACCGCCGAGCUGGAUGGACGAUUUCCUUGAUUUUUCUUCAGCUAGGAGGAACGCUCACCGGAGAUCCGCCAGCGAUCCGAUUGCAUUCGUUGAAACUCCGUUUAUUAACGAAUGUCGUAACUCUAAUAGCAAUGAUCCUUCGAUGAUACCUUGCUCAAAUAAUAACGGAUUUGAGCGUUUGGAUGAUGAGCAGCUUAGCUCCAUGUUUUCCGACGACGUCGCCGCGAAUCUUCACUCGACGAGGUCAUCGUCUUCGCCAUCGGAACAAAAUAGCGACAAUGACGAACCUAGACCAUCGCCGCCUCAGGAACAACCGCCGUCGCAACUGAAGAGUGAGCCGGGGAGAGGUGGAAGACGCGACGGCGGCACCAUCGUUGAUCCAAAAAGGGUUAAAAGGAUAUUAGCAAAUCGUCAAUCUGCCCAGAGAUCAAGAGUCAGGAAGUUGCAUUACAUUUCUGAACUCGAACGCAGUGUAACAACUCUACAGACGGAAGUAUCAACAUUGUCACCACGUGUCGCAUUUCUAGAUCAUCAAAGGUUGAUUCUAAACGUUGAUAACAGCUCGCUUAAACAACGAAUUGCUGCUUUGGCUCAAGACAAGAUCUUCAAAGAUGCUCAUCAAGAAGCAUUAAAGAAGGAGAUAGAAAGAUUGAGAAGAGUUUAUCAUGAACAAAACAUGAACAACAACAACAACAAGACGGAUAACAUCACCACCGGGUCACCGGCAUCAAUGGUGUCUCCGCCGGCGGCGGCGGCAUCGGUGAGUGGUACGGAUGAGAGGUGAGUGACCUCGGAUCUGGUAAUUAGAAAGGAAUGAAAUGAAUAAUGGGAGUGGGGGGGGGGGGUGCUGCUGCUAAAAUGCGCCCAUGCAGGCACGUGACCUGUUUGAAGUCUUUUUUUUGGUGGUGGGGGUGUGUGG